CGCUCUAAACAUGGCGUCCUCCAGUGAGAGUUCGGAGACCAGCGAGAGUUUCCUCAGAAAGCGACGUGGCGAUACGCUUGUUUCAGAUAAUACUGCACACGACAGCUGCAGCGACACAAAACGAGACGAACACUCGAGCAAAUAUGAGAAGAAAGUGGGCGUUUUGGUCCAGAAAGGGUCGUUCUGGCUCACGCGCAUCGUCCUGCUGAGAUCCAUCGCCUUCAUCUACUUGGUGGCGUUCACUAUUGCCUACAACCAGAAUAAGCAGCUGAUUGGAGAGAAAGGCCUCAUGCCGUGUAAAGAUUACCUGAGGAGUGUUAAGCGUUACGUGGGAGGAAAGAUUGACCUCUCCGCCCUGUCUUACUCUCCUACAAUCCUCUGGUUCAUGGACUGGAGUGAUAUGGAUGCAAACCUGGAUCUGAUUGCGCUGGCAGGAAUGGCUCUUUCGGGGUUGGUGCUGUUUUUGGGCAGCGCCAAUAUGGUCAUAAUGGGGAUGCUGUGGAUCCUGUAUCACUCCAUUGUGAACGUCGGACAGCUUUGGUACUCUUUUGGUUGGGAAAUUCAGCUGUUGGAAACGGGUUUUCUGGGCAUCUUCUUGUGUCCGCUGUGGAGUUUAUCUCAGAUGCCGCGCCGCUGCCCAACAUCGAUUAUCUCCGUCUGGACGUUUCGCUGGCUAAUCGUACGCAUCAUGCUGGGUGCGGGUUUGAUCAAGAUCAGAGGCGACCGCUGCUGGAUGGAUCUCACCUGUAUGGAUUACCAUUAUGAGACACAGCCGGUCCCGAACCCCAUGUCCUACUACAUGCACCGCUCGCCCUGGUGGAUUCACCGCUUCGAGACUCUCAGCAAUCACUUUAUCGAACUCAUCGUGCCUUUCUUCACAUUCAUGGGCCGCCGGAUGUGCAUGAUCAACGGCGCUCUGCAGAUCCUCUUCCAGGUUGUUCUGAUCAUAAGUGGAAAUCUGAGUUUUCUGAACUGGUUGACUAUAGUUCCCAGUCUGGCCUGUUUCGAUGAUUCUGCUUUGGCUUUUCUGUUCCGCCGGUCUGGAAACGCCAGACAGACUUUACUGAAGAUCCAGACAGAAGAAGCUGAAGGACUCAAAACACCUCCUACUAAAGGUAUGCUGGUCCGGCGUGUGCUGAACGUGUCUCUGGGUGUCCUGAUUGCGUAUCUGAGCAUCCCGGUGCUGAUGAAUCUGCUGAGCUCCAGACAGAUGAUGAACACCUCAUUUGAACCCCUGCGCAUCGUCAACACAUACGGAGCUUUCGGCAGCAUCACUAAAGAGCGGACGGAGGUGGUUUUUCAGGGCACGCUGAGCCUCAAUCACACCGCAGAAGAUGUGGUCUGGGAGGAAUAUGAGUUUAUCUGUAAACCAGGAGCUCUGGACAGGAGGCCGUGCCUUAUUUCACCCUAUCACUACAGACUCGACUGGCUCAUGUGGUUCGCCGCUUUCCAGACGUAUGAGCAGAGCGAGUGGGUUAUUCAUAUCGCAGGUCGACUGCUGGCCAAUGACUCCACAAUACUGUCUCUAAUGGCACACAAUCCAUUCCAGGACAGAGAGAAACCAAGGUGGAUACGAGGAGAGCAUUUUCGAUAUAAAUUCACCCGUCCGGGCAGCGCAAGUGCAGCCCAGGGGAAAUGGUGGGCCAGAAAGCGCAUCGGACCCUACUUUCCCCCUGUCAACCUGGAUGGCCUUCGCAACUACUUUCAGUCCAGAAACUGGCCUCUGCCGAGCGGCGAUUAAACCCAAUGUCCAGUUUGUCUUCUUUUGUAUGUCACACACUGAAGUUCAUCCUGUUUCAGCUUUGACAAAACUGUGCCAAAGACGACGGCUUACAUAAGAGAUUUCUAGAGGCAACUCUUUCAUGUCUCGGAGGAUCGGAGCAUGUGUUGAAUCCAGGGCUGUUUUAAGCCUGCCAACAGAAACAGCCUGAUUCUGCUAUUAUUAACAUUUUGAAUGCAAUCAAGCGUUACUUAUUAGUGUUAAUGAUUUGAAAGUGUGAAUAAAAAUUAAAAUAAUUGCAAAGAAAAAAGAUAAUUUCUCAAAAUACAACAACUAUGAUCUGUUCUUUAACAGUAAUUGGUUUUAUAUUCUGAUGUUUGCUGUCAAAUUCAUUAUAAAGCAAACAAGGCACAGGUGAACAUAAUCAAUGAGAAAACAGUAAAGAUUUUUUUAAAUAACCAACUAUGAGCUGGUCUUAACAGUAUUACUCUUAAAAGUAACUGGUUUCCAAAAUAAUUGUGGCAUUUUUGUCAAUUUAUUAUAAAGCAAACAAGACUGGGUAGCACAAUCGCCUCACAGCAAGAAGGUGGCUGGUUCAAGCCUCGGCUGGGUCAGUUGGCAUUUCUGUGUGGAGUUUGCAUGUUCUCCCUGUGUUGGCGUGGGUUUCCUCCGGGUGCUCCGUGUCCCUCACAGUUCAAACACAUGCUAUAGGGGAAUUGGGUAAGCAAAAUUGUCCAUAGUGUAUGUGUGUGAAUAAGUAUGUAUGGAUGUUUCCCAGUGAUGAGUUGCAGCUGGAAGGGCAUCCAUAAGUUGGCGGUUCAUUCCACUGUGGCGACCCCAGUUUAAUAAAGGGACCAAGCCAAAAUGAAUGAAUGAAUUAUUUUUAAAUAACCAACAAUAAGCAAUUCUUAACAACAUUACUCUUAACGGUAAUUGCUUUCCAAAGUUAUUGUGAUAUUUUUGUCAACUUUUUAUAAAGCAAACAAGACACAGGUGAACAUAAUCAAUGUGCAAA